AAGCGCGUCAAGACGGGAGGAGAAAAGGAAAAGCUGCUUCAAAAGCUGAUGACUCGAGGUUUGAAUGAUUUAGCAAUUUAAACGCUACUUUUUCAUAGCAGUCAUUGUAUCUGGCGUGGCAAAAUCGACAUCCUUGUUUUAAACAAGAUAUCUGGAAACGAGUAUAUUUGAUAGUCUGGGUGUUUGCACAUCUGUGUUAGGAAAGCUGUUUCAACAUGGAAUUUCCAGAUCUGGGAAAGCACUGCUCUGAAAAGACAUGCAGACGUUUGGAUUUUCUUCCAAUGAAGUGUGAUGCCUGUGAAGAGAUUUUCUGUAAAGAUCACAUUAUCUAUGUGCAUCACAGUUGUUCUUCUGCAUAUAAAAAGGAUAUCCAGGUCCCUGUGUGCCCGCUCUGUAACACUCCAGUUCCUAUUAAAAGAGGGGAGAUGCCAGAUAUAAAGGUGGGAGAGCACAUUGAUAGAGACUGCAGGUCAGAUCCCGCUCAAAGGAAAAGAAAGAUUUUUGUUAAUAAAUGUUCCAAAGUGGGUUGUAAGCAAAAAGAAAUGAUUAAAGUGACCUGUUCUCAGUGCCACAUGAACUUCUGCUUGAAACACAGACAUCCUAAUGACCAUGAUUGCAAAACAGAUGGUUAUCCCCUUUCUAAGGCAGGAAAUGCUGCUUUAAUGAGAUCCCAAGGAGCAAACUCAACAUCUGCUACAGCUUCAUCUAGUAAACCAUUCUCUAGGUCCGUUCCAAAUGGCUUGAGUGGGAAUGCAAGUUCACAACAAAGCAGCACUCACCGAACGAAUGUGUCUAGGGUGUCCGCACCACCACAACAAAGAGUAAUCCCUCCGUCAACCUCUAUGCAGGCUGGAUUGACUGAAGAACAGGCUUUGCAAAGAGCUUUACAAAUGUCUUUGGCAGAAACUUCAAGACAGCAACAGUCCCCGAGCCCUCAGGAAGAAGAAGACUUGGCUUUGGCUCAAGCAUUGGCUGCUAGCGAGGAAGAAUAUUUACGGCGGCAGCAGCAGCAGCAGAGACAACAGAAUCAAGAUUCAAAACAUUCAAAUUGCAGUUUGUCAUAAUGUCUGUUCAUUUUGCUACAAUGAAACUGCCUUCUUCUAAUGAACUACUUUACUCUAAUCAUGUACAUAUUCUAUAUGACCAAAUUAUACAGUAAGGACUACUUGGAUGUUAUCUCCUUUAGUUUGCACACUUCUUACAAUAAAUAUGAUGAACAAAAUUUUUGUAUGUUUAAAAAAUAAGUAUGCACACAAACUUUUUAUCAUGAUUUAUGUUAUCUAAACUAUGUAAUAAUGGUGGUGAAUAAAAUAUCUAUUUAUUGAAAA